CAAGACCAAGCACAGAAGCACUAGCCGUCUAGCCGACAGCGGCGACAGCCGACUAGUCCGGCGUCGCGCGGCGAUGAGGGAUUUGUUCGCGCACGUUUUGACGUUGACGCAUUUUACCAUCUUCUUUCCUGUCAGAAUUGUCAGAAGCAUGUCACUUUCGCGUAGCGCGAGUGCCGUAAAGUGAACGAUCGCGCGUAUCGGCGUGCCGGUUAAAACGCUUCUCGAUUCGCGAUACUCGUCGACUCUCCCCUGUCGCGCGCUCUGCGCGAGAAUCAAUACAUGCGGGCAAGAACGACGGCGACUCGUUGACAACAAAUCCUUUGGCUAAAUAAUGGAUCAAUACAGACACCUCACAGCGGAGGGAAACACGUAGAAACGAGGAGAGCUGUGUAUUUCAUCGCCGGUAUGGAAAAAUCAGACAACCAGCAGAAGACCUGGAAGAAGAAAAGCAUGAAGUCGAGUGUGGUCACCGAGGUGGCGACGCAAUGCGUGCAGGUGGUCGUGCGAUGCCGACCGAUGGACGAGCGGGAGACCACACGCAAUUACACCCGGGUGGUCGACGUGAUCCCGUCCAGAGGCGCGGUUGAGGUGCGACAUCCACGCGACGAUCCGUCCAGCGAGACCGUCAAGGUGUUUACCUUCGACGCGGUGUACGAUGGGAAUUCCAGCCAGCAAGAGCUAUACGAGGAGACGGUUAGGCCCCUGGUAUCCUCGAUACUCGACGGCUUCAACGGCACUAUCUUCGCCUAUGGUCAGACCGGCACCGGAAAAACGUACACCAUGGAGGGUUCGAAGAUGGAUCAUGAGAAGCGCGGUAUCAUACCGCGCUCCUUCGAGCAUAUAUUCAAUUACAUCGGCAGAUCGGAGAACAUGCAGUAUCUGGUGAGGGCCAGCUAUUUGGAGAUUUAUCAAGAGGAGAUACGCGAUCUGCUGCAUCCGGAUCAGAGUCUGCGCUUCGAGCUGAAGGAGAAGCCAGACAUUGGGGUGUAUGUCAAGGACUUGUCGACCGCCGUUUGUAAGAGCGCGACGGAGAUACAGCACUUAAUGAACGUAGGCAAUCAAAAUAGAACGAUCGGUGCGACGAAUAUGAACGAGCACAGUUCGCGGUCACAUGCGAUCUUUCUCAUCACUAUUGAGAUGGGUAAUAUCGGUGACACCGGUGGUAUUAGAGUGGGACGCUUGAAUCUAGUCGAUCUCGCUGGUAGCGAGAGACAAAGUAAAACUGGUUCGUCGGGAGAGAGACUGAAGGAAGCGAGCAAGAUUAAUUUGAGUUUGUCGGCCUUGGGUAAUGUGAUCUCGGCGUUGGUGGACGGCAAAACCACGCAUGUGCCAUAUCGAGACUCUAAGCUGACGAGAUUGCUGCAGGAUUCUUUAGGUGGUAAUUCGAAAACGAUCAUGGUAGCGAAUAUUGGGCCAGCUAGUUACAACUAUGACGAAACUUUGACGACUCUACGAUACGCUAGCCGUGCUAAGAACAUUAAGAACAAGCCUAGAAUUAAUGAGGAUCCGAAGGAUGCUUUAUUGAGGCAAUAUCAGGAGGAGAUAGGUCGACUGAAGGAGAAACUCGCGCUGAAAGGUGGAGUGCAACGAAAGAAGAGGAAGUCGAAAAGGAAAAAAGAAGAUGAGACAAUCGAUUCGGAAUCCGAGAUGGACGACAGUCGAGGCGAAGACAAUAAAUUGUCCGAAACCGAUAAAAAGCUCAUAGCGGAGCAGUUGAAGGCCGAGAAGCAGGAGACCGAGAAUCUCGUCCACAGAAUAAAGGAUUUGGAGAGCAAGAUGCUCUGCGGCGGUAAGAAUAUAAUCGAUCACACAAACGAACAGCAAAGGGCAUUAGAACAAAAGGCAGCUGAAAUUGCGGAACGUAAGAGGCGCGAGGUCGAAAUGCAACAGAAGUUAGAGGACGAAGAGUUGACAAUGGUCGGCGUGAGGGAGACUUAUACUACGUUGCAGCAAGAAGUGGACGUGAAAUCCAGAAAAUUGCGAAAGUGCUUUACCAAGUUGCAAGCUCUAAAGCAGGAGUUAGAAGACGUGACUAGCGACUACAACAGGGACAGACGAGAUUUGGAACAGGAGCAGCACGAAUUGAUGAAGGAGCUCAAGCUCAAGUAUCUUAUAAUAGAGAACUUCAUUCCCGAAGAAGAAAAAACGAAGAUUUUGUCAAGAAUCCAUCUGGACGAAGAAGAGGACUGCUGGGUCGUGAAAGAUCCCGAACCAUCAAGCAUAGAUGCCAUCAAACGACCAACUUCCGUACCGGGUGCGCGUAGACCAGUCUCGGAGUACGCGCGGAUCGCUCUCGCGAUGGGACGAGGAUGCCGUUAUGCGGGUGAAAACAUUCUGAACUUGGAUCUCGACAUGCCGGCACGAACGACUUUGGAUUAUCAGGGACCGGCCAUUGCACCGACGAUUCAAGCAGUUUUGGAAGAAGCUCUGCGCGACGAGGGCGACAUAGACGUCGACGCUUCGAGUACGAGGUACCAAGAUGCAGCAAAUCCCGGCACCGGUUUAUCCCAAAACCAGAGGCCUCGUACCGAAAUAAAUGAAAUUGUUAAAACCCCGAUUGGCGCGCUUCUUUUUUUUUUAUUUUAUAAAGGGGAGUGUACAUAUUGUAUGAACCGCAUCUUGUACUUUAUUUAAAUUUUCGCGGUUACCUGGACGUACACGGACAAAGAACGGAAUAUGUCUGCAAUUCUCUAGUCAUUGUGCAAUGCGUAAACAUAUAUCGCUACGUCGAGCAUGUAACUGUUGUAAUAAUACAGUAUAAAAUAGCUCUUAAAAUU